GCGUGUCCGAGAGCGCGUGUCCGAGGGCGCGUGAGCGUGGAUGACCGCAAUGUAAAUGUGUGCGCGCAGGAAAGCGAAAGCCGUGGAGGCUGGGCUCCGCCCCGUCCUCAUCUAGCGCCGCCCCUUCUGUGCUACUCCUAAUUGGAAGUUCGCGGUAGUUCCUUGCGCAGGCGCAGUGGCUUUACCAUGGCGGAGUUGAUUUCUUUCGCUGUUCCCACCCAGAGUGACAAAGUUUUGUUGGUGUGGGAGCUAAGCGCCGGUCCCCCAGCUGAGGCCUUAAUUCAUUCUCUGUCCGCAGUGUUCUCCCAGUUUGGCCUUCUGUAUUCAGUCCGAGUCUUCCCGAACGCUGCCGUGGCUCGCCCUGGUUUCUAUGCCAUCAUCAAGUUUUACUCAUCGAGGGACGCGCAGAAAGCCCAAAAGGCAUGUGACGGGAAGCCUCUUUUUCAGACUUCGCCCGUGAAGGUUCGUCUCAGCACCAGACAGAAAGCACUGCGGCACCGGACCUUUGCCCUAAACAGCUCACGGUGCCAAGAAUUGGCGAAUUACUACUUUGGCUUCAAUGGAUGGUCAAAAAGGAUCAUCAGGCUGCAGGAGCUCUCUGGAGCGGAGGACGGGGCUCUCACGGGGCCUGUGCAGAAGCGGAGCCUCAAGUUCUUCUGUGCUGUAGAGGUGGUUCUGCCGCCCUACGGGUGCAAGAGCCCCGGAGUCGGCAUCACUGAGGAGCCUCUGCACCAGCCGGAGGAGGAAGGACAGUCCUCGUUUCUGAUGAAGAGGAAGACCGCGCAGAAGCUCGCAAUCCAGAGCGCUUUGGCAGAUGCCUUCCAGAAGUUGGCCAUCGUGGUUCUGGAAAGUGGCAAGGUCGCGGUGGAGUACAGACCCGGUGAAGAGUCCAUCGAUGCCGAAAGUGAAGAAGACCUGCAGAGUUUAAUCCAGGUCAACUGCCUUCAGCCUGGCCAAAGGGAGGAAGAAUGUCUCUCAGAUUUUAGCUUGGAAGAAGAUGAACUGAAUCUAUAAGAACUGCACCAGCGCUACUGACUGUCACAGGCCCUGCCCUCUGACUUUCGUGGGAAGUUCUACAUGUCUGACUAGUGAGCUGCUGACAUCCACGAACACCCUAGAGUGAGGCCCAAAUCCUGCCUGGCGGCUUGGAAGAGGUCUAGGGGAGGCUCCAGCCCUGUCAUAAUGGUGGGAAAAGGUCCCUGUGCAGAAUGGAACUGGGCCGCAGUAUAACACAGGCUGCCUGUCUCUCGGGUCCACUACUCCCUCAUCAAUGUCUGCGCCAUAACAGAAGUUUACAACCGUUUGUUUUUAUUCCAGGAUACCAGUUUCUUUGGGGAGCAAUACCGUGUGUGCUGGUUUGAAAGAAAAUGCACCCUCCCCCCCAAAGGAGAAGCACUGUUUGGAGGUGUGGCCUUAUUGGAAUGGGCGUGGUCUUGUGGAUGAACUGUGUUACUGUGGGGGCGGGGUUGAGGUCUUCUCCAGUGUCACUGAAUGUGGUAAUCAACUUCCUGCUGCCUUCUGGUGAAGACUUGUCAUUGUCAGCUCCAGAACCACGUCUGCCUGCACGCUGCCAUGCUCCCUGUCAUGAUGAUAACGGACUGGACCUCUGAACUGUAAACAAGCCACCCCAAUUAAAUAUUUUCUUUAUAAGACACCGUGCUGUGGUCAUGGUGUCUCUUCACAGAAAUAGAAACUGUAAAGGCGUCCUGAAUCGGAUUAGUUCGCUGUUCCACCCCAGAGUGUGCCGCGCUGACCGACAGCUCCCGAAACCCCCAAAGGUGGUUCCGGUGAUGGAGUGGGUCAGAACAGGGCUCUGCUGAAAGAAUCGGUGUCAGCCACUAAGAGGAGGCCAGGAAUCAGGCAAAGUCAGGAAAUAGAGGGUGAAGGUGAAGAGGGGAGUAUUCGCCCUGAGGUGGGGAGGGAGGGAUGACGCGGGCUACCUCUGGAUAGAGAGGACACAGACGUUCCCAUAGGCACAUUGGCUUAUAAAGGAAACUGGGAAACCCUGUGUUAGGAAGAGGCAUUCAGUUUUCACUGUGUUAAUUAGGUGAGCCAAAGGGGGCUUUUGAUUGCUGAACUUCAGUACUUUGAUAGCUGGGCCUUGGUAGGCGGCCUCAGGAGGAGGAAGUGGCCAAAUAAGGGAAUAGACUGAAAGACACCCCCCCCCCCAAGCUUGUUAAACAACUUAGCACCAGUAACGCCAUUUUACAAGGCUUGUACUGAAUAUUCAGGGU